UAUCACAUUUAAGUUCUGGAAACAUCGAGUUUCCCCACUUUCUAGGGUCGCGAGUGUUCACCAACAUGGCAUUGUCUGUCACUGUCGUUGUGGCUUUUACCAUCACAUGCAUUACUCGGAGUGGACUUGCUCAGCUGCAACUCAACCCAAGUCAGCUCCAACUGCCGGAUGGAACGUCCACCGGUUCUGUUAAUGUUUACUGUGGAGUUCCCUCUGGCAUCACACCCUCGGCACUCAGAGAGAUCAAACUCAGACGCUUUUCAAGAGAAACCAAUAGAGAGCAGAAACUUGUUAGUGUAGUUGCUGGUGUGAAUCAAGGACAAGCAGUUCUUGAGCCUGACAGUGGUCUCCCUCAGAACACUGCGACAGUCACGGGCGGUAUAGGUCAAAGGGCAAUUAAUCUGACACACACACAAGUCAAGUGUGAAGAUCCUACUCAGUACAACUGCGAAAUUUAUUACCAAAUAAGUAGUGAUGGUUAUUUAAACACACGAGGUAUAUAUUACAGAAACAAUUUAACAGUCACAGUUGCACUUGGAAACAUAAACUCUUCACGUACUCCUAACUUUGAUGUGUACGCUGUGAACGAAACUGUGGAGUUGCAGUGCGCCGCCAUCAUCGGCAGGAUUGACUACCUGGAAGCGUGGCGCUGGAUCUGGGAAUACUACGAUGGCAGCUCCAUGGCCUGGCGACAGUACACUCGCACACGUGACAUCGCCAUAGCAGACCCCGCUCGCGUGCCGGGUUCUUGCGCCUAUCGUCAGACCAGUUCUCUAACACUCGUCCUUAAAGCUGAAGACUCACAGAGACAGUACAGAUGCACAUUGCAGAAAAAUUUUGAGACGAAAUCGGCCAUCAUUACCAUUGGAAAAGUCAGUCCUAAAGUUAACCGUCCCUCUACUGUUGCUGUUCCUAAAACUCCCAAUGGCAAGACUGACAACACCUGUACCUGUUCAUGCGUCUUUAACUGUCCACGCCCGUGACGUCACAGCUAACGAUGGACUUCUGAAUGUGAUUCGACGGCGACUAUAAAAACGUUAACUUACAAAAUUAUAAUCUGCAACAGUCAUGUACAUAACCUUACAUAACAUUCCAACUCGUAACAUUCUUACACUUUUGCUUAUCCUUCUUACUGGCUAUUUCAUUAUUUCUGAUGCUAAAAUGGUUAGACAUGUAUAUUAUUCUAUAUAAAAGAAGUUAUAAUCUAUGUAAGUUGAUUCUAUAAAUACUUAC